GUCAGGUUGAUCAUUACAUCAACAACAUACACAGAAUCAACAUCGGGGUGAUGACAGCUAUUUGGAAUGUAAACGCCCGCGCCCGCGCGGCGCCUCUUAGCAUUUAACUAGUAAUUAGGUGGUGGCUAAACGUAACGCCCUGUCCCCGCCUCCCUUAUUUUAGACUCGGAGGGGCGGACUAGGCGCCCAUUUCGUGACGGGGACUCAUGAGUGACUGUACGUCGGUUCGGUUCGCCGUUCCCCCUUAAAACUCAUACGAAUACUGAAACGUGUCAUUCGGUUAGAGUCGCGGGUGGAGGUAACGUUGGCGUUGGCGACGUGCAUUAGACUUCUCAAGUGUGUGUAAGCGGAAUACAAUACUCAGUGUAACAGUGGAUAGAGAGUGGUGGAUCGAAUAUCGCUCGCAUUCAGUGUGUGGGGCUACAGCGGGCAAGAUGGCCACCCAUCUACGCUCUCCGCCUUGGACUACCUCAAUUAUACUGUUCUACACUGUAUUUAGCAGUCUUCAGCUGACUUACGGCUUGAUUCGUUGUUACUGUGAUUCCCCAACUUGUGUUGGAUCGGGAUAUAUGUGCAAGUCGAAUACCGGAUGCUAUUCGGAACUCUAUGAGGAAAAUGAUUCAAAUGACCGACCACUCAGUCCACAUGGCUGUAUGGAGUCGAUAGACAUUGAACUAUGUGAAACAGGAGAAACGGCGGGAACACAACCGCCAAACAGGACAGCUAAUUUGUCGAUAUUGAAAUGUUGUAAGGACGACUUGUGUAACUACAAUAGAUUAGACAACACGGAUAUUAUAGCGCAAAAUUCAGAAGAUUUUCCAGACGCACAAAUGGAUAGCAAUACGGCACAUGAUCUGGUGGAACAGUCCCGAGCCGUCUGGUUCCGUGCAGCUGUCAUCGCCGUGCCCAUAGCAGGCGGAUGCAUACUAAUUCUUCUCAUCCUGCUGGCCGUGCGCAUGCUCAGAAACGAGGAAAAAAGGUUUAAAAGACUGCAGGCGAAACGGAGAGACACGUUCACUGCUCUACAUAGGGGUUGUUAUGACAACAGGAACUUCAAAAAUGUGCAUAUUAACAUUGAGAAUAAUUUACAGACUAAGGGCGGCCAAGAUCUUAAACCGUCAAAAGUUAUCAACAUGGAGGUGAAAAACGUAAACGAGCUCCCCAAAAGUGUGCUCGUCGUUCAAUGGGACAAACACAACAUAAACGAGAAUGUGGACGCUGUGUAGCAACGAGUCACUUUCUUUCUUUCUGUCUUUCCUUAUUUCUUUCUAAUUAUCAUGUACAUAGCAUAUUUUGCUUCAUUAUAUAUAUUUAAAUAACUUAAGGACUCUAUGUGACUAUUUAUGAACAACAAAACAAAAACAUAUAAAUGUUGAAGUUGAUAAACAAUUAUUCACGAUUCUAGAGAAUAGCUUCUCCACCAUGAACUGUUGUAUCCAUGCCAACCAGCUCUUGAG